AAAAUGUUGACUAACAGCUGUCAAAAUAAUAGCAAAGCGAAAAUGCGGAAUAUUUUUCUUUGAAAAUUGACAAUGUAAAUGAUUGUAUUGAUUACAGCUAAGAAACACAACAAAAAUGAUCGAAGCGUGUUCAAAACGAUGCAUGUUAUUUGGGACAGUGUGCAUGGGAGUCUUAACCAUUGUAGUCCUCAUAUUAGAAUCACAGUUAGCUGAUACAUUUUCUGGCAGCCAGCGAAUGAAAAACAAAACCUUUCCAACUGAAAAUAAUUCAACAUGUUGGGUGCACCAGCCAUUUAAAAUAAUUAGUGAAUGUCACCCUUGCUCAGAUUUCGAAAUAAGAAGUAAGAGCAUAGGAGUAUGUAUUCAUACAAGUUUCAAGGAGAUAUUGAAAUGUGAAAAUGGUGAAACAGUUACUAGAAGUUGUGACAGAGUGGCCUAUUUAGAAGAGAGAGCAUAUUGGAAGUUCACAAUCUGGUCUUUUAUCAUAGGCGCAAUAUCUUCUAUAGCAGUUAUGUUAAGAAUGAGGGUCCUAAACUACCGAGCCAAAAGAAGAGCUCGACAAAUUCUAAGCAAUGGAUCUAUUUAAAGUAAAAUGGUUAUUAUAAGCAUAAAUUAUUAUUCUAUUGUAAAUUGUAA